CUCCAUAAAUCUUUGGUACAUGAGGGUGGUUUGUCUGGGAACAAGUGGCAUUUGGCUGGAUGUAAUUGGAGUCUGGUCAUCCCCUCUCUCCUGCACUGCUUGUUGGUAAGCUGGAAGGAAGUGACUAAUACUCACUUCCUCCCAGCACUGCAGCUGUACACAGAACACAGAGCCCGACUGAAAUGCUAAAGAGCUGCGGCAGCGCACGGGGACCCUGAUCAAAAAUGUCCAUCAGAUGGCCCUAAGUCUUUGGACCACCAAUGGCCAAAAGAACUUGUGGGCCCUGGUUCAGUUGCACCAGCAGUAGAUCCACCAUUGGCCAUACGGUCUCAACAAGGACCCAUUAAACCAAUCUGGCAAAUUUCAGUGUGUACAUACUUAAAUGGGCAAGCCUCUUUUUUGACCCUGUAACUUUGCAUAACACCAAGAAAAUCGUACAUGGGGGAGACCACAGAAUACAAAUAUGUGUAUCUAAUUGCAGUAAAAGCUAAAAUCAUUAUGACAUUCACAGUUAAAAUGCCAUACAGAACAUAAUUUCUUAAGUGUUUUAAGAUUUCAUAUGAAAGAGGUAAAUUAUGGAUUAAUUUACAUAUAGCUCAAAUUCUAGGUUUUGUUUUGGUUAAAGUUGUUUUGAUUCCCCCCCCCACUGGAUUUUAUAAAUAAUUUCAUUGCACUGUAUGUUUUUAUAUAUUUAUUUCCGGUUUCCUCUAAAUAUCAGCUCCGGGCUUUAUGAUCAGUUUUCUCUGUUCAUUGUUGUGUUCUAUUUUUUUUUUUUUUCUCAGUAUUGUACAGUAUACCUAGUGUCCAGUUUUAGUGUCCAUAUUUAGUACAUUUUUCACAUAUCUACUUCCUAGUUUUGUUUUUUUGUUCCUUUUCUGACUAUAGUUAAUAAAAUUGUUUUGAUGUCUAUACCAUCUGCAAGACACUGUACAGGAUACUGAAUGUGUACAUGAGCAAUGUAUUAACCUGUCAGCUCCUUAAACUCUCAUAAUUGCAGAAACAUGCCAUAUCCCAAUUAGGGUUUUAUUUUUAACAUACAAACGGUACUUCUACAAAAGUGAAAAGGGAUUGAUAAACAGUAUGUUCAUGUUAUUACAGUGGUGGUUAGGAGUGGGGGAGUGAAGUAGCAUUUUUGCAGUUUUUUACCUGUCCAGACAAGGAUGAGGGAGGAGAAAGUAGGAGGCAAGUGGAAACCUGAAACUGGCCUAGCUAACAGCCAGUACAAUGAGAAAACACAGAAUGAGAGCGUAUCAUUAUAAACAGUCGAUUGCUCCAAUCAUCAGAUUGCCAGUCUAAGCACUUCGGAUGGCGUGUGCUUGGGACUUCCAGUUCCGUGUGUUGUUACUGGGAAACUCCGGGGUAGGAAAAACCUCUCUGCUCCGAUGGUACACAGAUGGCCAGUUCUCAGAAAGCACAGGGCAAACUGUAGGGGUGGAUUUCUGUUCCCGAGUAGAGGAGCUGGAGAGUGGAAUUAAAAUCAGACUGCAGUUCUGGGACACAGCUGGCCAGGAGCGCUAUCGGUGAGGUGGAGACAAUUCUCUGUCAGUGUGAUUACAUUUUUUCAGCCAAUGUACAAAAGUAUGUUUAUUUAGCUGUAUGAAGAGAGAAUGCCAUCUUCUAUAACACACUGAUGUAUCAUUGCAUAUGCACAGAAGCACACUGCGAGCCUUUUAGCUUGCUUUUAUUUGUACCAAAGUAAAUUGCAAUAUUCCAAACCCUUUUCAUUCUCAUGCAAGCCUCUACAUAAAAAAAAAAACAAAGUUACUUGUUAUAUGAUUUAAUCUCCAUCCUAUACGCUUGUCUCUAGGGCGGUUACACGCUCUUAUUACAGGAAUGCAGCUGGUGUUAUUCUCCUCUUUGAUCUUACUGCUCGUUCAUCUUUUGAGAGUAUAAUGGAGUGGUAUCAGGAGGUUAGAGAUCGGACACGACCGCACCCUCUAUUAUUCCUGCUGCUGGGAGCAAAGAGUGACUUACGAGAGCAGCGAGUGAUAACCAGAGAAGAUGGACAGAGACUGGCAGAUAACCUGAGAGCUCCAUAUUUAGAGACGUCUGCACGGACAGGCAGUAACGUCUCAGCUGCACUUUCUCUUCUGUGUCGGGAGCUACUCAAAGCAGCACGGGAAGAGCGACCACAAAUGGAGCAUUGGAGUGGGGAAUGCCUUGCUGUGGAGGAGGACAAGGCAAAACAGAGAAAUGGGUGUGCAUGCUGAAAAGGCACAUCUAAAGUCUCUUUACUAGGUAUGUGACCAUCUUUCUCUGCUAUUUCCACUGAAGCAUCAUUUCAUUCUGUAGACACAAAGCUAUUGUGCAAGAGACUUUAAACAAUUAUUAACACCUCAUUCUUCAACAAUCUUAUUCCUGUGAAGAAACAACUCUGUUGCUGCAAAAUUAGAGGUCCCCUUUGCUGUUUCUGCAUUGGCACCCCUAACACAAAGAACCUUCACAGGUAUUGUUACUUCUGCAAACUUUACUAAAACACCCUUUUUAUAUACAAAUAUAAACAGAGGAGACUUUCACCCUUUUCCCUACCAGAGGGCUUUGUAAUGCAGGGUUAAGAAAAGAAAUCCACAGUGUGAAUUAGUGGAUUCUGUCUCACACACAAAUCUCUUUUUGCUUGAGGAGACCAUCUUCUUGCUUGCUGCACAUUGAAGAAGUCCUUGUGGUGUGCAGAUGAGGUGUGCAGCUGCAAUGGGCUUCUACUUCUUUUGGGUUUUUUUAAUUAAAGCCAUUCUCUGAAAUGCAUAAAACAAAAAUAAAGGGGUCAGAAAGGGAUAUAUGGCUAUAUAAAUAUGAGAAAAAGAUUGUAAACAAUGAUGUAAAGAAAUAGUAAAUAUAAGUGACAAACCAGGUUGAUAUACAGACCGAAACAAAAUAGAUUUUAUUUCACGAACAAUAUUAAUGUGCAAUUUAAAACUACUCAUCACUAGAACAAAAACAGGUCUGCAUUUACCUUGUCCCAAGGCAAAUACAUUUUGUUGUUGUUCCUUUAAAGAGUAAAUUGAUACCUUUUCUGUUACUGCCUAUCUUCAAUACAUUGAGACUACAUCGAUAUGGUCAAGUUUGUGUAACCAAAUUUACAAUGUUUAUUGAAAUGAGCAACAUAGUCAUAACGCAUUGAGUACUCUAAAAUACCAUACAUACAUAUAGUGUAGAUUGGAUUGGCUGUAUUAGUCCAGUAGACAAGACUCCAAAAUACCAGAGUAUUGCACUAUGCAAUGAUACUUUAUUAGACUAACAGAAUACUUAAAAGAUAAGCUUUCAAGAGUAUUCCUCUCUUCCUUAGGUCUGAAGCAAAUAGGAAAACUAGUAUUAUGUUAGCCCAAUAAAAAAAAAAAAUAUAUAUAUAUUAUUGCAUACUACAAAAUGGUAUUUUGAUAUCACAUCUCAAAAAAUAGUGAAAGGGUUACUAUAUGCACCAUGGCCACUUCAGUGUUUUGUUUUCUAAUUUUAAAUCUGUGCAUUAUUACCAUUUUUACAAAAACUUUCUUUUUGGUUGAAAUAACCCUUUACGUUGUGAUGGUUGAGUUGGAGAAUAUUUCCAAAUCAGCUUCCAUUUGACUCAGUUUUUCCAUUGGAUUUAAUUAACAAAUGUUCAUUUAGUGAAUAACCCUGAAAUUGCCUGCUGAAAAGAAGUGUUUUACUUUAAUAAAAUGUAUAGGUGUGAUUUUGUCUUAAGUCACAUCAGAGCACUAGAGAAUUGGGUACUAAUCCCAUCCAUUGAAAUGACAUAACUGAUGUAAUGGUUCUCCUUUAGAUUGAUAUCUGAAUAUUACAUAUGCUCUGUGUUCCUUCCAGAUAUACAUGAUUACCCUUUGAAUGGGAAGAUUUACAAGAAAAACCUUCAAGACCGUAUCUCGUACGGACGCUACUAAAGGAGAGCAGACAUUUGUGAUUCAAGUUAAAUUCUCCAAACACACACCUGUAGUGCUGCUUCAAGAGUAAAAUUCUGAAGUCAAAAAGCAGGAAAGAAUUCAAAAACCCUAACUUCACCAGGCCAUAUUCCAAUUUAAAUAAAUAAAAAGCCACCUCUUGCAAACACAGGUUGUCGACUUCCUUCUUAACAUCAUGUGUACAUCAAGCAGAUAGCAUAAAUAAGAUUUACCUGUUUGUGUGCCUCUGUUGUGCAUGCCUUUUUAUAUGGCCGGAUUUCUUCAGACCCAAAUCCUGGAAUCCACAUAUUCCACUGCCGUUCUUAAAUAAAUAAAUAAUAAUAAA